AUGCCCGGCUUCUAUGUAAUUGACGUCUUGCCUUUACACCAUGCAAGUAAAAGGCCUUUCCACUUGGAGAAACGCAUGCGCUCCAAGAAAUCUUCCCCCGUUUAUUCUUCAAACCUUCCACUUUCUCCAGCAGAAGCUCACUUGAAACGUGAAGCGAUCCUCGAAGCUCGUCGUCUUAAACUUGCUCGCCAGUUUCUUCACGUUAAAGAUGUCCUUGACAAACAACAUCAAAGAGCUUUGCGUGACUCCUCGGCCAAACGAUCCCAAAUUCAGACUACCCUUCGCAUGGCAGAGAAGAACAGGAAUUUGAUUUUACAAAAGUUAGUCGAACAAGCCGCACAAGAAGUAGCCAGAUGUAAAGAAGUUGCGAGAAUGCAACAGUUGAAGAAUCAAGAGAAAACCGAUCGAAGAAGGAAAGACAUGGAAAGACGACAGAAAGCGACGGCUGCUAGGAGGGCAAGACUUUUGAGUGCUUCAAAGACAAAGACUACUGGAAGUAACAUCAAUGUUCCUAUGAAUCGAGAAGAGGCUGCUGUUUUCAUUCAAGGAAUUUGGAGAUAUAAUCGAUUGAUGCCUUGCGUGAAAGCAUUCAGGAAGUUUGGGAUAAACGCGCAUGCGGUCGAAUGUACGUCGUUUGGAGAUGUCGUAGCAUUAUUGCAGAAACCGGCGGUUAUCCAAGCGACUUCAAAGUUGCUGGCACGCAUCAGAAAGGUUUCGUCUUUAACUUCUGGUUCUAAGAAAUAUAAGAACUUUGCGAGAGUAUUCCUUAGUGCAUAUAUGGUUACAGCACAUACGGGGGAAAUACUUGUUGAUAUGGGACCACAUGAAACUGAACUAUUGAGCAGCGCUAGAAGUAUGUUGGCUCAUUUUGAGCGUUGGGUAGACGAAGUCUCUGUCACAACUUCGGGCAAAAUACAAUAUUCUUCACUUGUCAAAUUCCUUUACGACUGGGAUGCCUACUACAACGCCUUCAACACUUGGAAAACAAGGGAUUCAGAAAAACUGGCAUCUAACCUGAUUGCUCACUAUUUGGAUUACGAAAAGUUGUGGAACACUGUUAAGAGCCAAGCAAAUGCUGAGACAGAGUGGCGACCUAAUAUUGUCUUCCAACAGGAAGAAAUCAGACGAAAGGUUAGGAAUCUGGGUGGUGAUGCCGCGAUGGUGCGUUUAGAGAAUGCCCUUCGGCAAUUAAGAGAGAAGAUGCCCAAGGACAAUGACGAAUCUGGAUUCGGAAACGAUACCGUUAAAAGGAGUGUCAAUCACGAAUCGGGUGAUUGGUCUGAUAGAGAUGACGAUUUAACUGUGCCUCCGAGACAAGUGGCCGUUUCGCCUGCCCCUUCUUCGUCUUCUCCUUCGCCUUCACCCAAUUUACCAUCAUCUGCAUCACACUCGCCGUCGGUAUCACCAUCAUUAAAUGGCACAGGUUCUUCGUCCAUUUCAUCCUCGCCAGUGUCGAAUAAUAUUCAUGAAGCGAACAAUAACUUGCAAACAAUCAUACAGAGUUUUGGGGGUUAUGGUGCUGGGCUUAGUAACGAAAAGUUGGCACACGAAAUCAUUAUUGAUCCUGAUUUCGAAUUGAAACCGCAGAAGAGAACAGAGUUGGAGGAGCGUGUAAGAGCCAUGACUACUAAAGCGCUUCUUGAUACUGCUAGGGAGGACUUUGAGCAAGGGCGAUAUGACAAGUGGAUUCCUAGUCUAAUGAAAGAUAUCAAGCAGACACUUCAAGAAAUAGUACCCCCUCGCUCCUCGCUUUACAAUACUAUCGAAGAAGUACUCGAUAUCGACUUGAUCGCUCAACAAAUCAAUGUUGGUGUCUAUGACAUUCGUAACUGCAUAACGUUCAUUAUCGAUCUCAUGCUUCAAAUCUGCGCUCCUGUACGCGACGAACAAAUUAAAUCUCUCAAAGAAAUGACUGAUCUUGCCGAAAUCUUUCAACACAUAUUUGAACUCUUAGACAUGAUGAAACUAGAUUUGCUGAAUUAUCAAGUCAAAUUGAUCAGACCAUAUUUGAAAGAACAAGCCGUAGAAUAUGAACGUGAAAAAUUCGAAUCGGCUUUGGUUGCGGGGAAAUUGAGUCUGGAGCGGACGAAGGCUUGGCUUUAUCCUACUGUUGAUGCGCUACUGCGCACUGCUGCUGAGCGCAAUCCGGAGAGAGUCAACCUUCCUCAACAUAGGCACAAUCAUGGUAUCAAAUUCGAUCAAGUCUUUGAUGAUGCGUUUAUUUCCCUUAUUUUCCAACCUACUCAGAUAGGGAGAAACAAUUGUCCGGAAACUUUCCUGCUCGACGUCGAACGGUUAUGGAAUUUCCAGAACGAGAGUCAAAUGGUCACUAUAGUUGCUGCAUUAAUUAUGUUGACUAAAAAUAUUGCCACCGCAUCCCAACAGCCGAAUGUUACCGAUCUCGAGACUUUAAAGGACCGCCUAUUCAUCCUUCUGAGCGAUGGUGACAUGACCAUUGAUAAUCUCUCUGCCGAGGUUUCAAAUCAUUUCCCUAAAAUGACUCCUGAAACUCAAGCUCUCAUUAACUCUAUGGUUUCCAAAACGCUCUCGCAGAAUGAUAAGGUAUACUCUUUACUUUCUCGUAGAGUGCAGACAAUCGUAAAGACGCAUUUACAAAGUGGACAGUUCCCCAAACCGGAAUUAUUGGCGCAGUACGGCGUUGCUUCUGUCGCAAAGGAACUGGAGGCGUUGAGCAAAAAGAUUCGUAUACUCGGGAGGUAUAAUAGGGAAGUGUAUGCUAAAUGGUAUGAUGAAACAAUCAGAGAAAGGUUGAGAUCGCAAGCUGGAGGGAAUUGA